AGGCUCAAGGUUGACUCGGCCUUCCAUCCUUCCGAGUUUCCUUCUCUUGAAGCCUCCGAAGCAACCGAGACGAAAGUGCCUCUCCCGCCUAGCACGGCCCGAGAAGUAACCUCCUGCUUCCGCGUCUCACUUCCGUCCCGCCGCUCUUGCCCUCUCUGGCGAAGGAACCACCGAGCGCAGCGGGCGCAUGCGCUUCGGCUCUUCCUGAGUCAGCGCUUAGCCGUCCUUGCGCGCUGCUCCGCGAGUUACGACAGGCGGCUCCGCGAUGCUGCUGUGCCGACUACGGUGGUCGCCGGCGUGGGGUUGCUGGUGGUGGGCGUUGUGCGGAGCCCUCUGGGCCGGGGCCGGGGGUUCCGAGGACAUCGUGGUGGGAUGCGGGGGCUUCGUCAGGUCCGACGUCGAGAUCAACUACUCCCUGAUCGAGAUUAAAUUGUACACCAAGCACGGCACUCUAAAGUAUCAAACUGACUGCGCUCCAAAUAAUGGUUACUUUAUGAUUCCUCUGUAUGAUAAGGGGGAUUUUGUCCUUAAAAUUGAGCCUCCCCUAGGGUGGAGCUUUG